CAAUAAAUGCAAAUGUCCAUGUAGAAGGGAAUGUAGGGGGAAGUAACACCGCACCAGAAGUUAUAAAUCUUGAAAACAUUUGUGAAAACGUUAAUACUGUAGAAGAAAUAAUGCCAAAUAUGGAAGGAAAAGCUGGGAUUGACUCAGUCAUUGAUGUAAUUGUUGAUUAUUGCCAUACAUCUAAUACCUUUACCACAAAAGAAGUUGUUCGGUUACUGCAGACCAGGUUGAUACGAGGUCGAAGUCUGGAAGUUGAAAGUGAAGAUGUCUGCCCAGAAGGAGCUACAAACUACAUUCUGGUUGAUCGGCACAAUCUUUUGGAAACAGGCAUAGAGGAAAUUUCGGGACUGGAGGAUCCUCUUCUUACCUUAGAUGUUCAGUUUUAUGGAGAGCAAGCUGAAGAUUAUGGUGGACCACGUAAAGAAUUUUUUCGUUUAAUUUUACUGGAAAUAAAAGAAAAAUAUUUCGAGGAUGGCAUUCGAGAACUUCUGGCUGAUGAAUACACUACCAUUGGGACAAUUAUGGGGCUGAGUAUAUUGCAAAAUGGAAAGCUUCCUCAGUUUUUGUCAGAUUUCAUAAUGCAUGAGAUAUUCAUACAAGAGCAAAAGUCCGAGUGCAUCAAAAAUUUAAUUUGGGGUCUUAAAAAAGUUGCUAUAUACCAGAUUUGUUGUAAAAUACCAACUGUACAAGAAAUUUUCAAGCCGAACCCAUUUAGCAAGUUAACAUUAAAGAAGAUAAAUGCACUUCUUGUUCCUUAUCUUAGCCCUGUUGGCUCAAACCGAAGGAAAUAUGAAACUGAAGUUUAUACAUUGUUUAGCAAGUACAUGAAAGAAAUUGCUGCUGGUCGAAGAGGAGACAUCAAAUUAGAGUGGAUUUUGAGAUUUGGGACCGCCACAGAUGAAGAGCCAUUGCUGGGAUUUAAACUUGCCCCAAAAAUAAGAUUCACUGAGAUGACAAACUCUUUUCUACCAACAGCCAACACUUGCAUAAAUGUAAUUACAAUUCCCUAUGCUUCAAACAACACUCAGCAAUUACCAGCUGCUGAGGUUCUGUUUGCAUUAUAUGAUGAGGCAUUUUCUUCUGCUCACUUUGGACAUAUUUAAUUUCAUAUCAUAUUUGCAUCAAUAUCAAAUAAUAAAAACAUGCACAUGUUUUACUGUUGAUAA